AUGUCUCUUUCUAAGAAGUUGACUUUGGACAAAGUAGAUGUUAAAGGAAAGCGAGUCAUCAUGAGAGUAGACUACAACGUUCCCAUGAAGAAGAACCAGAUCACAAACAAUCAGAGAAUCAAGGCUUCCAUCCCAAGCAUCAAGUACUGCCUGGAUAACGGAGCCAAGGCGGUGAUUCUUAUGAGUCAUCUCGGCCGGCCUGACGGUAUUCCAAUGCCUGACAAAUACUCUUUAGAGCCGGUUGCUAGUGAGCUCAAAUCCUUGCUGGGCAAAGACGUUCUGUUCCUGAAAGACUGUGUAGGUUCCGAAGUGGAGAAAGCCUGUGCCAACCCAGCUCCUGGUUCAGUCAUCUUGCUGGAGAAUCUGCGCUUUCAUGUGGAGGAGGAAGGGAAAGGCCAGGAUGCUUCUGGGAAGAAGCUGAAAGCUGAACCACAUGAAAUAGAAGCUUUUCGGGCAUCACUCUCCAAACUAGGUGAUGUCUAUGUCAAUGAUGCUUUUGGCACUGCGCACCGGGCGCACAGUUCCAUGGUGGGAGUGAAUCUACCUCAGAAGGCAUCUGGAUUCCUGAUGAAAAAGGAGCUAGAGUACUUUGCCAAAGCCUUGGAGAACCCAGAGAGACCUUUUCUGGCGAUACUUGGUGGGGCCAAAGUGGCAGACAAGAUACAACUCAUCAAAAAUAUGCUGGACAAGGUCAAUGAGAUGAUUAUUGGUGGUGGAAUGGCUUUCACCUUCCUGAAGGUACUCAACAACAUGGAGAUUGGUGCUUCCCUGUUUGACGAAGAAGGAGCCAAGAUUGUCAAAGAUAUCAUGGCCAAAGCAGAUAAAAAUGGUGUAAAGAUUACCUUUCCUGUUGACUUUGUCACUGCUGAUAAGUUUGAUGAAAAUGCUAAUGUUGGGCAAGCCACUGUGGCAUCUGGCAUACCUUCUGGUUGGAUGGCUUUGGACUGUGGUCCUGAGAGCAGUAAGAGGUUUGCUCAAGUGGUGGCCCAAGCAAAGUUAAUUGUUUGGAAUGGACCAGUAGGAGUAUUUGAAUGGGACUCCUUUGCUACUGGAACCAAAGCCCUCAUGGAUGAAAUUGUAAAAGCCACGUCCAAGGGCUGCAUCACUGUUAUAGGGGGUGGAGAUACUGCUACUUGUUGUGCCAAAUGGAACACUGAAGAUAAAGUCAGCCAUGUGAGCACUGGAGGGGGUGCCAGUCUAGAGCUUCUGGAAGGUAAAAUCCUUCCUGGAGUAGAGGCCCUCAGCAACUUAUAG